AAAAAGAAAGGGGAUUUUCUGUCCUCCUUAUUCGAGUACAAAUGACACUCGAGCAUUUAUUAUGACACUCUGUAUCAUGAGAAGCUGUGAAAAAGAUCCUUCUAGCUGGUUCACAUGUAAUGAAACUUUUGAGAAAAUGAAUGUGUUAAGAGGGCUUUUCAUCAAAAGAUGGUCAUCUGAUAUUCGGUUAGAUGGAAAAACUGCUAUAGUGACUGGAGCAAACACUGGGAUUGGGAAAGAAACGGCGAAGGACCUGGCAAAGCGGGGCGCGCGGGUGAUCCUGGCCUGCAGAGACAUGGUGAAGGCUGAGCAGGCCGCCAGUGACAUCAGCAGAGACGUGGACAACGCCAUCGUGGUGGUUCGGAAACUGGACCUGGCCGACACUAAAUCCAUCUGUGAUUUUGCUGAACUGAUUUACAACACGGAAAAGUCUCUUAAUUUGCUGAUUAAUAACGCUGGAGUGGCAAUCUGCCCAUAUUCCACAACAGCAGACGGCUUUGAGACACAGUUUGGAGUCAAUCAUUUAGGACAUUUCUUUCUCACGUUCCUCCUAAUGGAUCUGUUGAAGCAUUCAGCUCCUUCUCGAGUGAUUAAUGUCUCCUCACUGGUUCACCCCAUGGGAAAGAUCCACUUUGAGGACCUGAACGGUGAGAAAGGCUAUCAUCCCGUGAAGGCCUACGUACAGAGCAAACUGGCCAACGUACUUUUCACACGAGAGCUGGCCCCGAGAGUGGAAGCGAUGGGAGUGAGUGUUUAUGCUGUGGAUCCAGGCCUAGUGAAGACAGAGAUCGUCAGGCAUCUGAAGAAGACUCUGCAGGUCUGUGUGAAGACAUUUGGUUUCCUGAUAAAAACCCCUGCAGAAGGCGCAUAUACCACUCUGUACUGUGCCGUUACUCCUGGCCUGCCCACUGGAACCUACUACAGUGACUGUGCCGUGGCCCCGUGCUCCAGGGCUGCGGAUGACAUGAACACUGCGAGCAGACUGUGGGCUGUCAGCUGCCACCUGCUGGGGAUUCGUUGGAAAUGAGAAGAUAUGACUUCCACCUCAGCCCUAUUUCAUACUAAUGCCCUUUUUAUGAGUUAUUACAACCCAGUUUCAACAGCAGCCC